GGAGGGUCGGGUUUGGCGGACGAUAUCACAUUUAGUAACAUAACAAURGUGGCCGUUGAAAACCCCAUCAUACUCACUCAAUUUUACUGCCCGCAUAAACAAUGCAAUGACAUUGCACGCAUGGUUCAUGUAAGCGAUGUUACCUUCAAAGACAUCCAUGGGWCUUCUUCRAAACCUAAUGCAAUCAACAUUUUGUGUAGCAAAAAUCCUAAUAGUUGUGCAGGCAUCACACUCGAGCAGAUCAACAUAGGAGCUGCCAAUCCGACACAAAGAGUUGUAUCAAAUUGCCAUAAUACACAAGUGCAAACUAUAGGGGUCGUGUCUCCUAUAGUUUGCACUCCUGCAAGCUUUAUUUCAAUGGACACAGUAACCCAUGAGCAACCAUCUAAAGACAUCAUUUAA